AUGUUGUUCAUCUUCACUGCCCGGCAGGGGCCUCUUCGUGGUUGAUCUAGCAUCAGGCAACUUAGUAGGAGAGGCGGCUCUCAUGGAUUAGGAUGUUGCACAUCAGGCAUGGGUGCGGCCACGGCGUACGGGACGGCCAAGAGCGGGGUGGGCAUCCCGUCCAUGGGGGUGCUGCACCCGGAGCUGGUCAUGAAGUCCAUCAUGCCCGUCGUCAUGGCGGGGGCACUCGGGAUCUACGUCGUCAUCACUGCCGUCAUCAUAUCCACUGGGAUCAACCCCAGGGUCAAGCCCUACUUCCUCUGCAAUGGCUACACGUACCUCUCCUGCGUCCUCGCCGGCGGUAUGGCCAUCGGCAUCAUUGGUGACGCCGGUGUCAGGGCGCGUGUUUGCUCGGAGUUACCGUCGCCUUUGCUGCCCCCACAUAGGCUGCCUGCAUCGAAGGUAUUCGACAUAUUGUCCAGCCGGUCUGAUCGUUCUUCAUUAUCUUCUCUUUGUAUUCCUGUGUUGCUGGUAAUUCGUAAAGUGUGCAUUGUUAACGUCUUAGAAGUUUAUGCAUUGCUCACGCCAUUUAACAACUGUGUGUGUUUGUGUAUUGUGAUGACAACUACCUACAUGACUUAUAUUAUAGCCCUGUUAUGCCUUCUGUUGUAUGGGUUGGGAACCGACCAUGUUUGAUUAUGCUCCAAGCCACCCUUUCCCAGCAGGUUUGGUGCUUUCGAAGCUGUCAACAAUUAUUGUGAUUGACCAUGGGAAGGAAGCUUUACCACUUGUGGAGAUUUCAGACCGAGUGAAGAAAGUAUAUAGUCUCCUAACUUCACAACAUUUUGGUUCAGUCAUUAAUUUAUAUACAAAGUAAUAUGUAAUCUCUACUGGUUGCUUCUGGGAAUCCAGACUUCCCUUUUACCCAUGGAUUAUUCUUUCCUGUGCUUCUCUGUGCUGAGGUCACCCGGGUCUGAUGUGCCGAAAAAGAGAGCAAGGGCACGGCAGUGCCUCCUUCCCAUCUUCCCCAGGUAACCUCACUCAUCUCUCUUAAAUUUUGCAACGGGCAACCGUUGCUGCAGCAUGGACCUCUAGAGUACUUAGUCUAGAUUCAACUGAGUUGCAAGUGUACCUUUGUCCAGUUAUUGCUACCUUUUCUGGUAGAUUUUAGACUUGCUAUCCUGUGUUAAUUUAAGGGCUGGCUAAAUUUUUGUUUCUUUCAUGUUGCUCAUGUAAGGAGGGAUGGCGAUCUGUCUAUGAAGUUUUAGAGGUAAAUCAGGAUAGUUUUUUUUGGAUUCUUCGGCCAUAGCUCAGCGUCCGUGCAGUAAAUGUUGUGAGCAACGCAAUAUUUCUCUUACCAUCGGAAAGGAUUGUGCUACUAUGUACCAUAACUCUUGGAUGCAACUUUUUGCCGAAAUAUCUUCUCGAUUUAAUCUUCAUCAUUACUCUAAAUGCUUGUUCAAGUCAUGUACAGUAUCUUUGAAAUUUGUGUGUGAACUCCCAUUCUCCUUUCUCAGAGGCGCUCUAAUGAUCUGAAUGAAAGCCUUUUUAUUUGCAAGUGUCAGACUACAGCCUGAUACAUAUAGUUAGAAUGCACUAACCUAUUCCGCUGAUAUUGUAACAUGUUCAUUUGGAUCAGUGAGAU